UUCUAAAUUGCAGAUUUGAAGCCAAAUCUACAAUUGAUCUCUAUUUGCACCUGUUGGCAUCAAUGUACUAUAAUUAUUUUGUGUUUAACUAGACAAGUAAACAUAGCACGCACUAGGCUAGCGUGUGACUAAUUGAAACUCUCAGUAUCCAGUGUUAAGUUUUUUGAUAAAAUGUAUCGUCUCAGGUGGGCAACCAUUUUUCCAUGCACGUCAGCGUACGUCACCUUUCAACAGGUGACGAGGCAACAAUCUUGCAAGGCGAGAAGAUGCAAAAUCACAAAGACAGCAUCAAAGACUACGGAAAAUACGAUGAAUGAGGUAAACGACGAGGCACUUACCUCAAUCCAUUUCUGCGCCUCUCGGAAAGCGGACGCGGUCACCGGCCGAUGCUGAUGCGACUGUCCGGCGUCCUGGAUACCAUGAUAGCAACGAGAGUGAAGUAGUGUACUUCAGUGUACUUGAGAUCCGGGGUUUAUUUGUAAAUCGGCUGUUGCAUCUGUGCCUGACUGGACACAAACGUACUUUGGACUUGCCUUCAAAACAUUGCAGAAACUCAGCAAAAUGUCCUAUUGGAUGAUGGUGGCGUCUCUGCCGCUUCUUCCUGCCAUCAUGCUGGCGUUGGGUCACCACCGUGCCCGUGCGGCCCAGUUGUGUCAUGUCGCACUCUCUUGGAUCUUGCGGCUGUUGCAAGGACAAGUCUGCGCAAAGAGCACGCACGCCUUUGUCUUUUCACGGUGCACCCACGGCAAUGCUAGCAGCGUCCUGGAGGCCUUUGACGUGUACGCAGAGACCCAUGCCUCUGCCGCGGUUGGCCCGCAGAUAGGUGAGGCCUUAAACCAGGUGGUUAAGCGCGUCCAGCCCUCGAAGGUGCUCGAACUCGGAAUGCAUUGCGGCUACACCUCAGUGCUUUUCCUGCGUCUGCUACCGCCUGAUGGGAAGCUGUUUACAGUGGAGCAGGACCCUGCGGUGGCCGACCUCGGGGAGGAGCUCAUCCUGGUGGCAGGCUUUAAACACACACAGUUCCAGGUGUUGACAGGCAGCUCGGGCGACACCAUCCCGACACUGCACUCUCUUCUGGGAGUGGCUCCAGGGACCAGUGACACCUUUCACCUGGUGCUCAUGGACCAUGACCCCCAACAGUACCUUAUGGAUCUCCGAGCUCUGGAGAAAGAGGGUCUGCUGUGCCCUGUAGGUUGCUCCAUUGUUGUGAUCCUCAGGAACCAGAAAGAUAAAGUUCUGAUUGAAUUGAUUGAAAUGACUCAAGCAAAACCAGACUGUUAUACCAUCAAGUCGUUAAUUCCCGGAAUGCUGGAGCUCUUUUAUCAAAAGAAAAGAACACAAUAAUUCCUGUUGGAAAUCAUGUAUUGUUUCCAACCAGGGGUGGGCACACUACUACACAAAUGGCUGGAAUUUAAACUCUUUUGGCAAACAUGAUUUUUUUUAAAAAGCUGUGAUAGAUUCAUCUUAAUCCUUGUAGAUAAUGUUUGUAUUCUAUGAUUGUGUAAAAAUAAUUUUAAAAAGUAGUUUAAAUAAUAUACUGAACAGUAUUUCUUUCAUUUUGAAUUAAAAGAGGAAAUACUGUACUAAUGUUGGCCAACAGAGGGAGACAAAAAUUAACCUUAUGAUACCACGUAGCAACCCUUGAAGUUUUAUUGCAAUAUUUAAUAGUAUUUUUGCAUGACUUAUUUUAACAGUGAUAUUAACUAACAUUUUCAGCACUUUGCAACAUGAUUAAACAAACUUCUCAUCUUGCUAACAGAAAAGUGUGAUAUAAAAGGACAAUGGCAUAUUUCGAAUACAACAA